GGGAACACGCCGCUUGUUAGCGAAGUUUCUUUACCUGGGGGGUAUCAACCGUUUACCGAUAGUUCGCAGUCACCAGUCUGCUCCACUACACAGCCGAGUCUGCCCCGAGAUGGCCGAAGAAAAUAUAUUCCUUUUCGUCCCGAAUUUGAUCGGUUAUGCCCGAAUCGUGUUGGCCUUCCUGUCAUUUUACCUGAUGCCGUGUUGCCCGCUGCCUGCAGUGUUUUGUUACCUCCUCAGUGCGCUCCUGGAUGCUUUUGAUGGGCAUGCUGCUCGGGCACUCAAUCAAUGUACCAAAUUUGGUGCCAUGCUGGACAUGUUGACGGACCGCUGUGCCACCAUGUGCCUCCUGGUGAACCUGGCUCUGCUCUACCCAUCCUACACGUUCCUCUUCCAGUUGAGCAUGUGUCUGGACAUUGCUAGCCACUGGCUGCACCUGCACAGCUCAAUGAUGAAAGGCUCAACCAGCCAUAAGGUCAUCGACCUCUCAGGCAAUCCUAUCCUUCGUGUAUACUAUACAUCAAAGCCGGUGCUUUUUGUCAUGUGCAUGGGGAAUGAGCUGUUCUUCUGCCUCCUCUACAUUCUCUAUUACAUUGAGGAACCUGCUGCAUGGCUGUACUGGCUACAGGGAGUAUGUGCUGUGAUUUGCCUGCUCAAGGCUGGGAUAAGCCUCCUUCACCUCAUCACCGCCUCCCAGAAUAUGGUGGCUUGCGAUGCAGCUGAUCGGGAAAUUGAGAGGACCAAGGCCCAGUGAGAGCCACAACU